AUGGGCGGAUCCGCCAAGCCGCUGGAGCUCGUCCAGUACGACUCAUCGACAGGGAAGUUCCAGGUCGGGAAGGAGGCUCUGUCGGUCCUGCGCGGCGUCAAGGGCCCUGUCGCUGUGGUCGCGGUGUGCGGCAGGGCGCGCCAGGGCAAGUCCUACAUCCUCAACCAGCUGCUCGGCCGCAGCAACGGAUUCCAGGUCGCGCCGAGCGUCCGUCCGUGCACCAAGGGCCUGUGGAUGUGGUCCGCGCCCAUCAAGCGCACGGGCACCGACGGGCAGCCCUACCACCUCGUGCUGCUCGACACGGAGGGCAUCGACGCGUUCGACCAGACGGGGCAGUACUCCACGCAGGUGUUCUCCCUCGCGGUGCUCCUGUCGUCGAUGUUCGUGUACAACCAGAUGGGCGGCAUCGACGAGGCCGCCAUCGACCGCCUGUCGCUCGUCACGGAGAUGACCAAACACAUCCGCGUCCGCGCGCACGACGGAGACGCUAACGAGCACGACCUCCAGCAGUUCACCCCGUCGUUCCUCUGGCUCCUGCGCGACUUCUACCUCGAGCUGACUCAGGAGGACGGCAGCGAGAUGUCCGCGCGGGAGUACCUGGAGCGCGCGCUGCGCAACGCCCCCGGGGCCUCCGCGGCGGUCGCCUCGAAGAACCGCAUCCGCGACUCCAUCCGCGCGCUGUUCCCCGACCGCGACUGCUUCACGCUCGUGCGGCCCGUCAGCGACGAGCGCAAGCUCACCAAGCUGGAGCAGAUGGACACCAGGGACCUGCGCCCGGAGUUCCUGGCCGGCAUGGAGCACCUCACGCAGCUGAUCUUCGACCGCGCGCGCCCGAAGCAUGUCGGGAACGCGGCCGUGUCGGGCGGGGUGUUGGCCGGCCUGACCGAGGCGUACGUGGCGGCCAUCAACGACGGCGCCGUGCCGACGAUCCAGUCCGCCUGGCAGUCCGUCGCGGAGAGCGAGUGCGCGCGCGCGCUCGACGCCGCGCGGGCCGUCUACGAGGGGGAGUUCGACAAGAACACCCCCCCGGAGGACUCCGCGCUGGCCCGCGAGCACGCGCGGGCCGUCGGGCGCGCGCUCGCGGCGUUCCGCGCCGCCGCGGUCGGCGACCAAGAGGUCAGCGCGCGCCACGAGGCGCGCCUGCGCGCCCUCCUCGACGAGGGCUUCGAGAAGUCGCGCGAGACGCGGGUGCUGCAAGCCACCCUCGCGUGCCAGGGCGUGCUGGACGAGGGGCGGCGCGCGGUGGCCGAGGCCUGCGCGCGGCCGGACGCGAGCUACGACGGUGUCCUGAAGGCCCUGGAGGCGUUCGCGCGGAAGUACGCGGCGGCGGCGCAGGGCCCGAGGAAGCACGAGCUGCUGAGUCAGUUCUUGGUGCGCGACGUGCUGGCGGGGCCGCUGGCGGGGCUGGUGCGCGGGCAGGCCGCGGCGGCGCAGAAGGAGCUCGCGGCGGCGACCGAGCGGGCCGCGAGCGAGGCCGCGGCGCGCAAGGCGGCCGACGCGGAGGUGGCGCGGCUGUCGGGCGAGGCGCGCAGCAGCGGGCAGCGGUUCGACGAGCUGUCGCGGCAGCUGCAGGCGGAGCGCACGCAGCUGGCGCGCGCGGAGGGCGAGCUGCGCGCGCUGCAGCAGCAGAUCGCGGAGGUGCGGGAGCGUGCGGAGGAGCGGGUGCGCGAGGCGCACGCGGCGGGGGAGGCGCGGCAGCGCGAGAUCCGGGCGGAGAGCGCGUCGCAGAUUGCGCGGCUGGACGCAGAGCUGGCAGCGCGCGGGCGCGAGGUGGCGGACCUGCGGGCGCGCGCGGCGGAGGCGGAGGCGGGCAUGAGUCAGGCGGCGGCGGAGGCGGUGGCGCUGCGGAAGAGCCUGGCGUCGGCGGAGGCGGCGCGCGAGGGGCUGGCGGCGCGGCUGGAGGCCGGGGGCGACGACGCGGCGCGUGCGCAGGGUCGGGUGCGCGAUGCGGAGCGUCGGGCGCGGGACCUGGAGCUGGAGGUGUCUGUGGAGCGGCAGCGGGCGGACACGGCGGCGGCGCGCGCGGAGACGCUGGAGAAGGACUGCAAGCGCAUCGAGAAGGAGCUCAGCGAGGCGCGGGCAGCGGUCCGCGCGGGCGAGGCGGCGGCGGCGGCGCGCGCGGGCGCGGUGGGCGCAGGCAACAAGCGGCGGCGGCAGCACAGCCCGGAGCCGGAGAUCACGGACGGCCCGUCGCCCCCCGUGGCGGCCCCGCGGCGCUCGCUCGUGCCGGCCGCGCCCGUGGUCAGCGCUCAGACGCGGCUGACGGGGGACCCCACGACGAUGAAGAUUUCAGACCUGAAAUCCCAACUGACGGAGGCGGGGUACGCGGACGAGGUGCACGAGCUCAACCUGAAGAAGGGCAAGAAGGCGGACUGGGUCGCACUGUACCAGAAGCACACCUGA